CUGCACCUCCAAUAAGGUUGGAACAAUUAGAACGAAUACAGAUAACAAAGCGAUAAUAAUAUAAUGUUGAUCACAACCAUGUCUUACUCAUCAUCUUUACCCAAACCAUAUUAUAAUUUUUACCAUAAUCAUAAUUUCCAUUAUCAUCAUCAUCACCACCAAACAUGCUUCAACAUCAACCUCCCUAAAUUCACAACCAGAGCUUCUUCCUCUGCUGCACCUGGUGUCGACCUCAACACUCUUGAUUCUGCCAUUGCCAAGAAAGAUAGCAAUGCUGUUAAAGAGGCACUUGAUCAACUAAGUGAAAUUGGUUGGGCCAAGAAAUGGAGUUCUCAGCCAUAUGUUUCACGUCGUACGACAUCACUUCGAGAGCUGACAACUUUAGGGAUUAAAAAUGCGGAGAACCUUGCAAUUCCUAGUGUUAGAAAUGAUGCAGCUUUUCUCUUUACUGUGGUUGGAACAACUGGAUUCUUGGGUAUUCUGGCUGGCCAGCUUCCCGGGGAUUGGGGCUUCUUUGUACCAUAUUUGAUUGGGAGUAUUUCCUUAGUGGUAUUGGGUAUAGGUAGCACAUCUCCCGGGCUUCUCCAAGCAGCUAUUAGCAGCUUUUCAGUUGUUUUUCCUGAUUAUCAAGAAAGGAUUGCUAGACAUGAAGCAGCCCACUUUUUGAUUGCUUAUCUGCUUGGCUUACCCAUUUUGGGAUAUUCACUGGAUAUUGGAAAAGAGCAUGUCAAUCUCAUUGACGACAGGCUUGAAAAGCUUCUCUAUAGUGGUCAGCUUGAUGCUAAGGAGAUAGAUAGAUUGGCUGUUGUAUCAAUGGCUGGACUGGCAGCAGAAGGUUUAACAUAUGACAAGGUUGUUGGUCAAUCUGCUGAUCUUUUCACUCUCCAGAGGUUUAUAAACAGAACCAAACCACAACUCAGCAAAGAUCAGCAACAAAAUCUCACUAGAUGGGCAGUUUUGUUCUCUGCUUCUCUAUUGAAAAACAACAAGUCGAUCCAUGAAGCCUUAAUGGCAUCGAUGGCAAAGAAGGCAAGUGUACUGGAGUGCAUUCAAACAAUCGAAAGUGCGUCAUAGUUCAACAUUAAACUAUUAUAAGCUCUUACAUACAUAAUACACAUGUAUAAGCAAAGUCUACAAACUUCAUUAAAAUCAUAAUUUUCUUGUUUAUAAAAAUGCAUAGCAUUCAAGUUCUUGUUAAGUAUUUCAAGUUUCCAAGCAAAACAUGUACAUUUGUAUAGCCAUUUAUUUAUUUAUUUUUGUGUUAACUUUCCA